AUGAGCCCGGCAGCACUUGGGGGCGCUCCCCACACGAGAGCGAUCUCUAUUCAUGGAGGCGGCCCAACCACUAUGAAGAGUUCUGCGGAUGGCAUCAAGGGAGGAAGUCGAGCGUUUCCGCACCUGGACGACUUGGUCAAUGUUCGCCCAGAUAUUAACAUCAACGCCCCCAUCAAAACCAUUCUCCUGGCUGGGGAUAUGUUCGCGAAACAAGCAGACACUCACCUCGACUUUCGACGUCCGGACAUUGCGCUGGAAGAAUAUAUCAAAGCCUCAAUCAUUGCGGUAGAAAUCGUGCCACGCCACAAAGACUAUCCUGGGAUCCAAAAAGCGGGCGAAGCAUUCAGACUAUACCAUGGAUUAAUGAAAAGAAUUUCUGCACAAGACGAGAAGUUCUCAAAUGUCAAAAAAAUGAUCAGGGAGGACAACAAAAGAACUGGGGUGAAGCCGACCAGGACGAGAACCUUGCAGGAGAAUGGCGCUGGGAAUCGGGGAACUGGGCCGGUGAACGGCCACAAUCGAACGCAAUCCGAAGCAGCGCCUAGUUUUAAUGGAAAUAAUUUAAGCACUCAUGAAUCAGAGGGGCAGAAUGAACCAAACAAUGCGCAAUCGCGACUGAAGCCAAUUAUCCAGCCGAAGCCGCAAGCCCUUCAUGGAAAUGCCAUUCCAUCCCCAUCAAAGACCGAUCUUGCGGCGCGGUUCGCACGUCUACGAAGUCCAGAGACGAAACCUCUGGUUCAAGAUCCAAGGAUACGUACUCAGGCAAUUACUAUUCCAAGUUCACCUAGUUCAAGUCAGUCAUCAAUCAAUGUGGGUACAUCCACAAGCAGGCCAUCUGGUCCACGCGAGAUGCCGCUCGCUCCCAACGGAAAGGUUAGUGACGGCAAAAUAUCUGUGGAUGUUAAUAUUCCAAGUAUGCCUAGGGCACCGGACGCCAUAUAUAGUCCUGCGCGCAGCACUGACAGUGCCGCCACGGCGAGCUUGCCAUCCAGCGUAGCCAGAGGUACCUCUUACAGUGGUCAUUCAAGGAAAAGCUCCGCUCCGCCGAUUUCUACCGUAGGACCAACCCCCGGUCCUGUUGAUCCCAAACAGGACUACUUUGUCCUCUCUCAUUCUGUCAAUGGACAUGGAACUGCGCAAACCCCAAAGCCACAAGAGGUGUUCAUUCCGAACUCAGUCUACAUCAGUGCCGAGGAUCUUUUCAAGUUUCAACGCAUGGGCUCACAGUCAGUUCGCAUUCUGCACGUGGAUUUGAGAAACCGAGACCUGUUCGACGAAGGACAUAUCAUGUCGCAGUCCAUAAUAUGCAUCGAGCCUGUAACUCUAAGACGAGGUAUCUCAGGGGAGGAGAUAGCAGACAGUAUGGUUGUUGCUCCAGACUCUGAACUAGCGUUGUUUGACCGACGGGAGACUUAUGAUAUCGUCGUCUUUUAUGAUCAAUCAUCCACUAAAGUCAACUCUCUAAACAGCAACGGAAGUGAAAAUGAAAACUAUCUUCAUAACUUCACAUCUGCUGUGUACGAUUUUGGCUACGAGAAAAGACUCAAGCGUCGCCCGAUGCUCUUGGUGGGUGGUCUAGACGCCUGGGUAGAUUUAAUGGGGCAUAAUUGUUUGAAGACAUCUACAAUUAGCACUACAGCUCUUCGGAGAACUGCCAAGCCAACUGCAAAGGCACUUAGCAGAGUAGGUGCUGUUCGUGAUCCGACACGGUCAUUAGUUUCACGCCCCCGGGUUCAGUCGCGGGUUCUCACCCGAGAAGAGCAAAGCAAAUGGAACGAAACGCUGAAGGAGGACCAAGUCGUUGGAAGACCCGCUGAUGCUGACCCUGACGCUUCUGACGAAUUCUUCUACGCAAGAACAACUGACGACUUUUUUCGACGAUUUCCAGACAUAUCCACCAUACAAGAAUCCAUGGUGUCCAAUGUACAAUCUCCUCGGCCGCUUCUUCCCUACGGUGAUGAACUCAGCAACUCGAUUCCUCAUCCGCCCACACGACCCGCGCCAGCGCUUCCCCGGCAAAGAUCCAGUGGGCUCUCAGAGCGAGGUCCAACGGGGGUUUACGCUGCUGGACACACUGUCAAUAUAUCGAACAAUGCGAUCACUGCCCACAGAGUGGAACCUGGCUUAACCGGGCUUCACAACCCCGGGCUUCUGUGUUAUCUGAAUAGUUCUUUGCAGGCGAUGAGUGCAACUCGAAUAAUCCGGGAUGAAGUUUUAAAACACAGAACUGGAUUUUCUACCAAGAAUAUACCAGCAUCCGAGGGUGAAUUGUCACCACCCUCUCAACUUUUCAUGAAAAACCUCGGAAGCGUAAUGACCUACUUAUGGAAUGGGCAGUAUGACUGGAUCACGCCCAAAACCUUUUGUGCGUACGUCAAUGCAGUACAUAAGACGGGAGAUCCUAGCCCCAGAGCUAGAGCAGAGGCAUUUGGAGGAAAUGGUCGAAUGCAUGACGCAGCUGAAUUUCUCGCAUUUAUGCUUAGCAUUUUAGCCGACGAGACGAAUGACAGGCGAAAUGUAAAGGAAGAAAAUCUCACUGAGGAGGAGGUCGACGCUCGUGACGAGCAGGAGAGCUCCCUCACCGAUUUCGAGGCAGCGCAAUUGUCCAUGGCCCGUCUCAGAAGAUACAUGAACUCUUUUGUGAUGCUCAACAUGUUUCCACAGAUGAUGUACAAGCUAAGGUGUGCAAAUCCGGAUUGCACGUAUGUUACAAGAAAAUUCGGAUAUCAGCCGGAAUUAUCAUUAACAGUCGAUCAAAGUACCCCAGAUUUCGAAUCAUUGAAUAAUCUCAUAGGACACGACUAUGGACCCUCGGCUGGCGAAAGAGUGGAGGCAAAAUGCGCCAAGUGCAUAGCUGAAGGACGGGAAACAAAAUACAGACACCAAGAAAGAUAUCUGUGUUAUCUUCCCGAGUAUAUUCAGAUCACCCUUUUGCGCUACCAUGCAAAUGAUAGUGGCGCUCUUGAAAAACAUCACAACACAAUUUCUUUUCCCGAAAACGGCAUCGACAUGUCCGAUUACUUCAUCAAUUCCCAAGGCGAGACGAGGGAUACCCUACUCGGCCAUCGUUCUCAUCCAAUAUACGAUUGCUACGCAGUUAUCCAGCAUGUCGGCAGGAGGACUGAUGCCGGUCAUUAUUAUACUUAUGCAAGAAGUCUCGAUAAGAGUCCUAAAGAUGGACGAGGCCCUGGGGCCUGGCACAAAUACGAUGACAAGAAUGUGACCCCGGCCAAAUUCUCCCAAAUCCAGGGUGAUCGCGCUGCGGUCAUAUUCUUGAAGCGGUGCAGCAGAUGA